CUCUGCUUUCCCCGCCAGAUUUCAGGAUGAAGGCCAUCCGUGUUCAGGAUCCCAAAGACUUUGACGCAACUGUCGCUUCUACGGUGCAAUCGGCACCAGGUCGUGUUUUUGUGCUUCUUUUCGGCACGGAAGACGUGGGCACCGGGGAAUCAUGGUGUCCGGACUGUGUUAUCGCUGAUCCACUUAUCCGCAAGUGGGUAGGAAAAGUUCCCGACUCAACUUUGUUGGAGGUGCCAGUGGGGGAGCGAUCAGUAUGGAAAAAUAACCCGGAAAAUCCCUAUCGUAAACAUCCCUUAAUUCAACUCCGAGCUAUUCCAACGCUCAUAGAGUGGGGAAAGUCAGGACCUAUUAAGCAACUGGUGGAAAGCGAAGCCGCAGAUCCAGCAGCGCUAGAAAAGUUUAUAGCUUAGAUUACACAGCGAUUAGACGGUAUGUUCCCAUUUGUACAAUGGGUUCGUCGCAACUUGAUCUUUCGCUCUGUGUAGAUCAACUGCUAGUUGCCAGUCAUCAGCCCUUGAUAGUGAUUGAAUUAGGUUUAGCUUGCUACAUUGCUCGACUGGACAGUUUGGUUGAAGAAACAAACUUUGACCACACGAUUAAUAGCGGAAGAUUAAGAGUCGCGGUGAGCCAAGAAUGAUAUUACAAUGCUGUGCUCAUGAGCACGGGGAAAAAAUAAUGACGCAGCAAUUGGAAUGGUGAACCUCAAUAUAUUUACGCCUUAGCACCCUC